GGAGGGGACUCAAGCAUGGCCUAUGAGACAGAGGAUCGUGAGAUUCAGUACUGCUUUCCUGCCAUCAACUCAUCAUGUAUCAAGGGAAAACACUCCAGACAUGAAUACAACAUUAUGUAUGUGUUUUUUUCAUUGCUGUCAGCAUGGACUGUGUUUCUGAACCUGCUGGUGAUCAUCUCCAUCUCUCACUUCAAGAAGCUUCACACUCCAACCAACCUGAUCAUUCUCUCUCUGGCUGUGGUUGACUUGCUUACUGGACUUAUUGUUAUGCCUGUGGAUGCCAUUAAACUGAUUGAGACAUGCUGGUACUUCGGCAAAUCUGCCUGUGGACUGUUUACUUUUAUCCUUAGUCUGAUUAUCUCAGCAUCUCUCAGUAAUUUAGUUUUAAUUGCUUUGGAUCGUUAUGUGGCUGUGUGUCACCCUUUACAGUACCCACAGAAAAUAACCACAACCAAAACCUUAAUGACCAUCUGUCUUUGCUGGUUUUGCUCUUCAGCUUAUAUCACUGCACUUUCAAGCAGUAAUAGACGUUUUGACACUUCAGACACAACAGAUGUGUGUUAUGGAGAAUGUUCUGUUACGAUGAGUUUUACAUGGACAGUCACUGAUCUGUUCGUGUCCUUGCUUUUUCCUUCUGCCCUGAUCAUAGCUUUAUAUUUGAAGAUAUUUCAUGUUGUACAUCAACAAGUUAAAGUUAUAAACUCUCUGUUGAAGAGUGGUAAAUGUGUAUUGGAAGUUUCAGUGAGGAGGAAAUCUGAGAGUAAAGCUGCUCUCACAUUAGGAAUCAUUGUGGCAAUUCAUCUUUUCUGUUGGUUACCUCUCUAUGUUUUUUCUCUUGCAGGGAGUGCAAUGUCUUCUGUCAUAGUGAAUUUUCUAACAUGGGUCUUCUACAUUAACUCAGCCCUGAAUCCUCUUAUCUAUGCUUUACUUUAUCCUUGGUUUAGAAAGUCAGUUAAACACAUCCUGUCACUUAAAAUAAUUCAGCCAGCAUCCUCUCUAGUGGACAUGUUUACAAAUUAUCAUUCAUGA